AAAAUAAUAAUAAUAAAAAUAUAGAAAAAGAAAAAGAAAAAACUCUUGAUACUAAAUCGCUCAGUCCUGUAAAAUGAAACCCUUUUUCACCAAAGCGCUGUUAGCGUUGUUUUCCAUAUGGUUCACAAACGCCGACGCACAAAACGCUGGCUUUUCAGCGGUACUCGCGUUUGGAGACUCCAUACUCGAUACGGGCAACAAUAACUUACUCAUGACCGUCUCCAAAUGCAACUUCUUCCCUUACGGACGAGACUUUCCCGGCCAUAGACCCACCGGAAGAUUCGGAAACGGAAGAGUCGUCUCGGAUUUAGUCGCCGAGGGUUUGGGGAUAAAAACACUUUUACCCGCGUUUCGCAACCCGCUCCUUUCGAGCAACGAGCUUCCUACCGGUGUUUGCUUUGCUUCCGGUGGCUCCGGAAUAGAUAAAGUUACCGCUUCGAUACAGGGUGUCAUUUGGGUACCGGACCAGUUGAGAGACUUUCAAAGAUACAUAGAGAGACUUAACAGCGCCGUCGGGGAUCCCCAGAAAGCUAACGAAAUCAUAUCGAACGCGGUGUUUCUCAUCUCAGCCGGAAACAACGAUCUUGCCAUCACUUAUUUCUCGACCCCGGCUCGGAUGACGCGAUACACCAUAAGCAGAUACACCGACAUGUUGAUCGAAUGGACAACGACCUUUUUGAAGAAUCUGUAUGAUCUCGGGGCGAGAAAAUUCGCGGUUCUCGGAACGUUGCCGCUAGGAUGCCUACCGGGGGCGAAGCGCAUGACAGGAGGGAUGCUUUGUCUCCCGAAUGUAAACUAUGGAGCUAAAAUGUUCAACAACAAGUUAUCGAAUUUGGUUAAUCAACUCAAUGAGAACCUCCCCGAUGCCAAAUUCGUCUACGUCGACAUGUACACCUAUCUUAUGGAACUCGUCGAGAAUCCCGCAAAAAAUGGUUUUUUGACAGCCGCAAAGUCCUGUUGCUGCAUGGUUGCGUCACCAGUGCCAUGCUUAGACGCCUCACGUUACGUGUUUUGGGAUUUUGGCCAUCCCACGCAAAAGGCUUACGAAACCAUUCUCCCCAACAUCCUCAAUGAUAUCCGCAGCCUCUCUUGAUUAACUUAUUUAGUUUUUUAAAACCGAAUAAUUGUCCUGUAGCACGUGAAUUAUAUCGCAGAAAUUUCUGUAUUUUAUACGAUCCAGUCCGUGUUCCGUGUUAUUUGGAAACUAGAAACAUGUAAAAUUAGUUUCCAUCCCCCAGCUACGUUGCCUUCGAACUCGAGACAAGGCGAGAUGAAGAUCAAAGUAUCAUGGUGUGUCUGAAUCUUAUUAUUAUUAUUAUUAUUAUUAUUAUUAUGGCCAACUUUGUCCUGAUAGUGUUUGUAAUUCAUGGUACGGUCCAUCAUCUCCUUUUUUUAUGUUAAGAAUAAACUAUGUUUUCUUUCGUUUGAUCGUAAUUCCAUAGCUUUCUUGUACAAAAGGCAACGCUAUUGCGUAAUUUAUAA